AUGUAUCUUAUUAAAAUCCGAUUUUAAACCUAACCUUAACCACACUGCUAACUGUAUGCCUAACCCUAACUUUAAUUAAGACCAAAAAGCUCAUUUUUAUUUUCAUAAAAUUGUACGAUUUAGCAAUUUUGUGGCUGUGGUAACUCGUGACAACCGUUUUCUACAGAGAGCAUCAACUGUUGAAUAGCAGUAGCACAAAACAAAAGGCACGGUAGUGAAUGAAGUCCUCUGAUCCACCAGAGCCAUGUCUUCUGAGGAUCCCUUCCAGGACUCUCUAGAUGAUGAUCUAGACUGCUUCUCAGAGCCUGGGAGAGGGAGCAGGAUACGCAGCAGUGUCUACACCAAAACCCCAGAGAUGGAGAGUAACUGUUAUGGAGACUAUGGAGCCACCGGCGGCAAAAGUCCCCUGAUGAAAACAUUGAUGGAUGCAGAAGCAGCGGCCAACUCUGCAGCCGUACAGCUCAUGUCGUUCAAGGAGAUCCUGGAGGAUGAUUUUGCCGACUCAAGACACUCUGCCUCUGAUAACCGGCGGAUGUCAAGGCAGAGAGGCCUUCUGCUGGAGAAGUUGGAGGUCUUUAAACGGAUUAACAAGUCUGUUCGACAGCAACUCCAAGACCUGCAGGAUGCAGAGGCAUCUCGAAUGGAGACAGACAAACACAUUGAUCUCUUACUAAAGAAGCUUACGCAGGCUGAGUGUGAUAAUCUGCAUUUGAAAAGAAAUUUGAACGAUAAAGACAAAAUGGUGGAUGAACUGAUGGGUUUGCGGAAGAAAGAAAUGGAGAACACCGAGAAUGCGGUCCAUGCCACCAAGUCUGUGGAGACCACACGUGCUCACCUGCAGGGCCAGCUACACAGCAAAGAGGCCGACAACAACCGUCUCACCGUACAGCUCCGGGGUUUGGAGAGGCAGCUGACUGAGCAGAAGCUGGAGAUAGAUGGCCUGAGGGGGGAGAUCUCCAGUGUGUCCGAGAAGGCAGAACAGGAGAAAGAGGGCCUGAAGAAGGCCACCCGUGCCCAGAAACAGAGGGCCGAGAGGUUCGAAGCUGCCGUGGAUAAAUGUUACACUCAGCUGAGGGAGAAGGAUGUUCAGCUGGCAGAGGCUUGUUCAGAGAGGGACACGUGGAGGAGACAACAGGAGCAGAAGACAAACGCGAGAAUUCUGCUUGAUGCACAGAUAGGACUACUGAAAGGCCAAAUAGCCGACAUUACUGCGAAGCUACAGAAGGAGAGUGACGAAUUCACUGCUGCAAACGAGGUCUUACUGCUAAAGGUGGAAAAACUCUACGCUGAAAACGGAGACAUUGGCCUGGAGAACGCAACCCUCAAGGCGUCCAUCGUUGAGUUGGAGCUGCAGCUGGUCCAUUCUAAAGCGGCGCUGAAAGAGGAGAGCGCCGUCUCACAGGAGAGGAAUGACCAAGCAGAACAGUAUCAGAGUCAGGUGGCAGAGCUUCAACUGGAGGUGGAGGAUCUGAAGAUGAAGUUGGAUGGUUUUCUGAGGGAAGCCGAGAACACCAGAGAAGGAAGAGAUGCGGAAGUGAAGAAGGUGAGGCUGGAGCUGGAGGGGCGCGUGAGGGAACUGGAAGAGUACCCCGAGUUACUGGGCACCGCGGAGCAGAGUCUGGCGGAGUGCCAGGACAACCUGAGGCGCUCGGAGAAGAGAUGUGCAGACAAGGCAGAGGCCAUUAGACAACUGCAGGUUAAGGUGGAGAGACAGGGGGAGAAGACGAGGUCGUCGAUGGACAUGAAGGAGUCUAUCCACGAGGCCAACUCACAGCUACGGCAAAAAUGGGAGGCUCUUCAAAGGCAGAUGGAGGAGCUUCAUGGGGAGAACCAGGAGCUGGUCCGUAGGCUGGCAGGGCAGGAGGAGUCGCUACACUACAGCAGCAGGCAGCUAGAACAGCGCUCAGCAGACUGCCAGGCUCUCAACAGACAACUGGAGGCAGCAGUGGCCGAUGUCAGGCAACAGGUUUCCAAAGUCAAAGACAAAGCCGCCUCCAGAGAAAGUUCCCUUCAGACCAGAAUCCUGGAGCUGGAGGCUGAGAAGAGCAGAAGAGAGAAUGAGCUGAAACAUAUGAAACAAAGCAAGCAGUCAGCUGAGAAGCAAUUUGAGGUGCGUCUAAAGGACCUGCAGCUCAGCCUGGACCAGUCAAAAAGCCACAAACAGAGCAUUCAGAACUACGUAGACUUCCUCAAAAACUCUUACGCCACCAUGUUUGACGAGGGACUACCACAGGCACCAUCUAGUUUUGGAUCAUCCUACUUUUUAAAAUGAUGAUUACUCCGGUAUGUGUGUUUGUGGUGUGUAAUGUGUAUUGUUGGUUCAAUCAUGUACAAUGUAUGAGCAUUAUUUAAGAAUAAUGUGUUUGACAAGCAAUGAUUCGGCACAUAUACAUUUUAUGUUCGAUAAUGUCCAUGUAAAUGUUUAUAUAGAUCAGCUAAUACUUUUUUUUUGUCCAUUUAUAAAUAGAAUUUCAAUAAGGUUUAUAAUGGCAUAUUGUACAGACUGUUUUCAUCACAGAAUCCAAUUACAGAACCGCCACAGCCAAUGUGUUUUUCUCUAGUCUUAAGUUUGUAUAUCACUCUUCGUGCUGUGCAGGAUGUGGGAGCCUCUGAGAGCCAGUUUCAUGUUCUGUUUGGGAUCUCACUGUAUCCAGGGUUUUGCUCAGGAGUUGUCUGUCAACACUUUGCAUAACAUUAGGAGGAGAGGAAACAAUCUGAUGUAAUGCCAACAUCUGAAAAAAAGGUACAGUUGC